GAGAGAGAGAGCGAGAAGAAGCGAAGAGGACAGAGACCUGUCUGAGACUGGUGGUGAUUGAUCGUUUGCAAGAGUCAUUAUGGCGUUGAGUAAUAGCUUGAGAUCUGCAUCGAAGCUUCUAGCUUCUUCUUCUUCUUCUUCAUCAGCCUCGCUUCUUCCGAGAUCAGUCAGCAGAGAAAUCCACUCAACUGGGGUGAAAAGGAUGGGAGGUGGGCAUGCACAUGGCCAUGACGAGCCUUACUACCUUCAUGCCAAGCAUAUGUACAACUUGGACAGGAUGAGUCAUCAAGCGCUGAAGAUGUCUCUUGCUGUUUUUACUGCCUUCAGCAUUGGGGCCGCUGUGCCCGUCUAUGCUGUCAUUUUUCAGCAGAAAAAGGCUUCUUCCGGUUAAGACUUGGUAAGGCCUUGUCACUGCAAUAAUGACUUCUUUGCCCAGUGCCCAAGAUAGUAGGCCUUUGCCUGCUGGUAUGGUUUUAGUUGUUUCCCUACUGAAUAUUGUGUCUUUUUGUUGGUUUAAGCUUUUAAAGUCUCCUCGGUUGGAAGGCCUUGAAUAAGUUUUUUGAUUUGGCCAUGCUAUUGAUAUAUCGGUACAUACAUUUCCUGAGUAAUAUCUGUUUAUUUUUGUUGUC